GUUUACAGUUAGAAAAGUACCAAUUCUAAGAGUGGCGGCAAAUAAAAAUCUGCAUUGUUUUAAAAAUUUCUAGGCAUCAAUAAUACUCUAUUGGUGUAAUUAUUGUUAAGCAUGGCUAAUAGCGGGGUGUUGAGUCUAGUCAAGAAGGUGGUGUUCUCGUUGAUCGUGUCCUCACCUGAAAGGAUGACAAUAGAGCAGCUGAUCCACGAUUACCGCAGCGAAGAAGGUUGCAAUAUACCUUAUAGUGAUCUUGGAUUCAAAGAUGCCGAAUCCUUCCUUCGUUCUAUUCCAGAUACAGUUAGGGUAAUAGGCCUCGGAACCAAGGCCACGAUAACUGUGAUAUCAACAGAAAAAUCGGAACACAUUCAGAAAUUAGUUCAUGGCCAAAAGAAGUCCUCCAACCGAUCCAAAAAUAAACCCAAAACACCAACAUACAAUUCGGCGCAUUUUCAGAAAACAGUUAAUUGCCAAAAGAAGUCCUCUAACCCAUCCAAAAACCAUCCAAAACCCAAUCAUAAACCAAGGUAUUGCCAUCCCUCUGAGCGUUCCGAUUUAGUUUUUAAGAACGAAAGUGUGCAGAAAAUGAAUACCAGGAAUUUACCGCUUCGAUCAUAUCAGCGGCCCACCAAUCAGCAAUGUCCCGCCUUGUAUUCCAACUAUAAUCGGCCAAUGUAUUCCUUCCAAACAGCGAGUGGCUAUGCCAAUAGUAACGUAAUCUGGGCAGCACAGCAGCAGGUGCUAUAUAAUUAUUACCAGCAGCAAUGUUAUCAAUACAUUCUGUCGCUGAUUAAUCAAUAUGGUUAUCCCCAAAAUGAUCCAAACCCGCAAUGGCAGACAUUUCGACAGAAACCAAAGCCAAGCAAAAAUAAUAGCCAGGCGCAGAUCGGCGCAAAACCGAAGCCUCAAAAAUAUAGAAAUCAUCAUCUAAUAAAAGAUUCAACACAUCAAACUAUUAAUAGUCAGGCGCGGAUCGGCCCAAAUCCGAAGCCUCGAAAAGAUGAGCCAAAGAAAGAUUCCACACCUCAAACUAUUACAGAGGCUAAGCAGGGGAAACCAUUAAAGAAAUUAAGAAGUGCAGCAAAAGAAUUGAUGAAAACUUCCGAAAGCCUCUCUUUAGAAGCUGUGCCUCCUCUUUCCAAAGGAAAGCUAGAUUGUAAGGUAAGUAAGAGCUACGAGAAACAGCAGGAAACACUACCCGCCAUUGAAAUUCAAAAUUCAACGGAGAAAGAUGAGGCAGUGGCGCAUCCUGAGCUUAAUCUCUUAACCAAAAGUACCAUUCAGGAGGAUAUUCCCAAAACUCAAGAACUCAAAGAACCUUUCUUUGGUUAUGAAUCUUCCGAGGAUGGAGACGGAGAUAAUGCUAUUCCAGCUUAUGCAGUGGAUCAUCGAGUUCUAGCCGUUGACUAUCCAAAGGAUUCUGUUCGCUUUGACUUUAAGCUGCCCAAUCGCGAUAUUGAAGCCGUUGUUAAGUUAAUGCAACGCGUUGAGGUGCAGCUUGUAAAUGUCGAUAAUCCACACAAAUUCAACUUUUGGGUAUAUGACGAAAGUUUUAAUGAAUACAAGGCCUUGUCCUCCAAUAUGCAAUUCUUUUACGACAGUCAUGAUUCAGAGAAGUACUCUAUUCCCCUGUGCCUAAUCAGUACGGAUCAUCUUUGUGCGGUGCGUUGCAGCAACUCGGGUAUAUGGGAAAGAGCCAAAGUUGUCAGGUACCGGCCCAUUAGCAUCUGCAAUCCAAUCGAGGUGGAGCUAAUUGACACAGGAGUUAUCAUAUGUGUUAGCGCCAAAAACAUUAAGUUUCUACUGAAGGAAUUUGCUUUGCUCCCGCCGCAGUAUUUAAGCGGUCGAUUGGCCUUUAUAACUCAAUGUAGGGGUUCAGUCUGGUCCGCAGGAGCUAUAGACUUAUUUUAUAAGAUGGUUGCCUAUCGAAGACUUUACGCUCAGGUGGAGGCUUUUAAGGUGAGUCGCGAAACUAAAAAGGCUAGUUUAGCCAAACUACUUAUAACUACAUUGCUUUUGCAGAACAAUACUGCCUAUAUUGUACUCGUAGAUCCAGACAGCAAAGCGGCUUUUAUGAACCUCAACAAAUCACUCAUCGACUGCGGUUUGGUGCGUCGCUGUAUCACAGCUUAGUUAAUAGUAUGUUUUCGAAUAUUAGGAUCAAUUUUAAAUCAGCAGGCCUCCCUUUAUGUUGCCCUUUGAAACCUUAAACGAAACUCAUUGGUGUAUUAUUUUAAGGCAAACGCUGUCCUUCUGCUUUCUUUUUAUUAGUUUACGUGUAAUAAAAUACUAAGUUACAUAAA